ACUUGUUUUUCUUCUUCGAUGAUGAUGAUUGGCUCAUCUAUAUCGUCUUUUGGUCCUUGCUCAUCUACUUCAUCUAUAAUACCUCUUAAAGAAGUUUUGUUGGGUUUAGAUUGGCUACACCCUCUCAAGUGCUUCUAGUGGCUUUUUCCUCCCUCUAAUCCUGGAUUUCCUCAUGUUUCUGAAACACGAUAUCUCUACUUCUAACAGUCUUCAUCUAUUCCUAGUCCCAUAAUUUGUAACUAAACUCUUUAUCACCAUAUUCAACAAAAAUACGUGGAAUGACUUUAUCAUCCAACUUUGAUCUCUAUUCCUUUGGACAUGCAUAAAUGCUUUGCACCUAAACGCUUAAAUAAGAGAUCCAACAUCUCAUCUUGUGUAGAUUUUCUCCAGGAUGUCAAAGUUCAAAGGAAUUGAGGGCAACCAAUUAAUCAAAUAUAUUGCAUUGUUGACUACUUCACCCUAGAAACUUCUACAUCUCAUGUUGAGCAUGGCCCUUCAACAUGAAAUUCAAACGUUUCUAACGUGUCUUUUUCUUAUUGGCUUGGAUUUAGAUUCAGCGACAGAAGUAUUUCUUUCCUCUAGCAAUUAGCAGAACUAGUAACUUUGUUAUUCCUUCCUUUUUCUUUACCAUAAUCUUAUUUUCAAACUUUUCAACUUUUAAGUUUAUUAAUUAGUUCAGCAAAGUUGAGAUGCUAUUAUUUUUCACUACUUUUUCAAGCUGUUGCAGACCAUAAAACCGGGAAUCGACAUCAAAUUAAAGCAGCUUAAGAAAAAACUAUUUAUCAAAUUAGCAGAUUGAAAAAAGAGGAGGAGAGAUGACAACAGAAGUAGCUGUGGCUAUAGAUGAACGUGUUGAGGAAAUGACGGAAAUGACGGUGCUUUGUGAAAUGAAGGAGCUUUAUGAAAUGAAGGGGCUUUAUGUAAAGGCCUUCGAAAAUGAGCGGGAAAACAUUAAAACACUGUGUCAGACCAAACAUUGUGCUUUAUUCGAUCCCCUCACUCCUUGCGAAGAUACUGUUUUCCACAUUGCAGCAUACAUGGGAAGCAUAAAUCUGCUUCGAGAUCUCUUUGAAAAGAUUACAACGCCUAGAGAAUGUGUGUUCACGAUGAAGAACAGUCAUGGUAACACCCUUCUCCACGAGGUUGUCAUGAGCAACAAUGUUAAGGCAGUACAAUUCUUGGUUGAUAAGAUUGCUUAUGAAGAAAGAGCGGGGAAGCUGAUGGGCCGCAAUAAUUUAGGGGAGACGGCGUUGUACAGGGCUGCGGCAUUUGGAAAUAAAGCAACAGUGAAGUACUUAGUAGACGAGGUGGAACGUCAAAAGGGAAAUGUUAAAGAUCACUUCACAAGAACUGAUGGCCUCUCCAUUCUUCAUAUUGCUAUCAUGAAUGAAAAAUUCGAGACAGCUAUUUGGUUACUAGGCAAAGAUCGAGAACUGGCGACAAAGAAAUGUUCUGGGAAGACAUGUCUUCACAUUCUCGCUAGCAUGCGGACUGCUUUCGAAAGUUCUUCUUCCAUAAUUUAUGGAUUGGAGAUUAUAUAUAGACUUAUUCCAGACAACUUAGUCUAUAGAGAUGAAAUUGAACAGGAUGUACCAAGUCAGAGCAGUAAGAGUCUACCCAAGUACCAUGAUCUUUGGACGCAUCUAGCUGAAAGAUGGAAUUUUAUUAAGGAAAUUGGGAAAACAAAAAAGAAGCAUCGAUUUGCAGUUGACUUGGCCAAGAUGCUGGUAAAGAUGGAUUCUUGCUCGUGGCGUGAGCACUACAACGAAGUAGGGCACAACAACAUUGUUUGCAUUUCAGGAGACGAAGAAACAGGGGAACUGUCGUCCCAAGCCAUAUGUGUUGGCACCACCGCCAAGAUUCUGGUAAAAAUGGAUUCUUCCACUUGGCGUGAGCACUACGACGAAGAAGGGCACAACAUUAUUAUUUGCUUUUCAGGAGACCGUAAAAAGGGAGGUAAAGAAACAGGGGAGGCGUCGUCACAAACCGGAUGUGAUGGCACCGCCGCCACCAUUGAGGAUACUCCAUUGAUUAUUGCCGCCAGGACAGGGAUCAGGGAGAUUGUGGCCGAGAUUAUCAACGUGUAUCCUCAAGCACUGGAGCAUGUUACCAGGAGUGGACAGAAUAUUCUGCACGUUGCCAUUCUACACCGUAACGACCACAUCCUUGAUCUCAUCAAUUUGGAGAGGGAAGUGGUAAAGCGGAGGCUGAUUUUGGGGAUCGACAAUGACGGUGACACCAUUCUGCACAAAGCCGCCUCUACAAAAUACUAUAGCGGAGGGACCGCAUCGACAGCGGCUCUGAAACUGCAAGAGGAGCUGAGAUGGUUCAGAAAGGUGGAAAAGAUGGUUCCUGCUCAUUACACAAUCCUCACCAACAAGAAGGGUCGUACGGCAGAGCAACUGUUAAAAGACGAGCACAAGGAACAACUGAAAGAGGCCCAAGAAUGGGUCAAGAACACUUCUCAGUCAUGCUCCACCGUGGCUAUCCUAGUCGCCUCGGUUCUCUUCGCUGCCGCCUUCGCCGUCCCAGGUGGUUUCAUAGGAUAUGGCGACGCAAAAGACGCAGCGGCAAAUGCACCUGCCCCAGCGCCAAAUGCACCUGCCCCAGCGGUCGAUGUACAUGCCGGAACGGCAGUCCUUGCGGACCAGCCUCUGUACUCUUUUUUCACUGUGAUGGACGUGGCCGGACUGGCAAGCUCAUUAACGUCGGUGGUGCUCUUCCUUUCAGUGCUCACAUCAUCACUUGAUCUGGAAGAAUUUUACUAUCAAAUACCCUCGAAACUGUCGGCUGGCUUCCUCUUUCUGUCCUUUGCCAUUGCAACCACUCUGUUUUCCUUCACAGCUGCAACUCUCCUCACCUUUCGUUUGGAGUCGGCAUGGACUACGUCUCUGACCUUCGCCGCUGCGUUCAUUCCAGUCAGCAUCUAUGGGCUUGUGCAGUUCGGUUUGCAUGUCGCAUACCUCAAGAGUGCUUUAAUCGGCAUUUAUAGGCUCGUGAAGCUGCUUCUUCCCAAACCAAUAUUGUUGGUUCAAGAAUGUUGCUCUAAAUGAAAAGAAUUCGAUUUUCUUUAAAUAAAAUUUGAUAUUUAAA